AUGAGUCGAAUCUACCAUAACACAUCUUUAAAAAACAAACCAGUACACAACGAGAAAUAUGACAGUGUGUGGUCACCCAGCUCACAGGAAAGUGGUCCUGGAGUGAUUCUGGAAGGAACGCUUGUUGACGUUUCUAGACAUGCCCUGACUGAUGUCAACAAUCAAAAGUUCCGUUACCAUGUGCUGUACAUCAAACCAAGACGCAUCCAUCGGAGGAAGUAUGAUGCUAACGGGAAGGAGAUUGAGCCAAACUUCAGCGACACCAGAAAGGUCAACACAGGCUUCCUGAUGUCCUCCUACAAGGUGGAGGCUAAAGGGGAGUCAGACAGCCUGUCAGAGGAGCAGCUGUCAGCAUUGAUUCGUAAAGCCGAUUUGGUGAAGAUAACUGACAAGCACAGAUCUGACGGGACAUGGGCCUUCUGGUACCCUGAGUGUGAGAUGGAAAAAACAGAACUGGAGACCGAAACAGACAUUCGACUAAAGACCAGAGGAAACAGCCCCUUUAUAUUCUCCUUAGCUAAAAUAGAGGGAAGGACAGUGUCCAAAUGCAACUUUGCCGGAGAUGAGAAGACUGGCGCAUCUUGGACAGACAAGAUUAUGGCCAACAAAUCUGGAGCAAAUAACAUCCAGAAGCCUUGUGGUGAAGGAGAAGGAUCACAGGACGAUGAAUGGAAUGACUAA